AUGGACGGAUUGCCGGCAGAUCUUUGUCUCAAAAUUUUCUGUUGGUUGGAUCAUCAGAAUCUUGCAACUGCUCAAUUGGUGUGCAAGAAAUGGAGUGUGUUGGCCUCAGACAAUGCGUUAUGGUCUAAUAUCUUCAAAGAAAGAUGGGGGGUCGAUAAUGCCGCAUUCUAUGCCCCGGUGCAUCCAAAGUCGUGGAAAGAUGUCUACGUUGUUCAAGACCGAUGUGAUCGAGUUGGAUUGGGAUUAAAGAUUGUAAGGGAAGGAGACCAUUAUUACCUAGUUCAUCAAGGUGAAAUUCAGCGAUAUUUGGGUUCAAGAAGAUCGGAAACACGAGCAUUUGACUCGUUGAAUUCCGAAAAUGAAUACUCAGGAACAAAAUCUGAAGGGGAACCCUGUUCAAGUAUUUUGGACAGAAUCCUCUUUUUCAUCGGAGAUUUGGAAUCAGCUUCUUUAGAUGCUAAACGAAGCCGGCUGCAGUAG